AUGAUACUAAACUCAUUGGUUCAUGUAUACACCGUGGAUAUCAUAUAUACUAAAGGUUUGUAAGGGCAAUUAAGAUUCUACUACUUUAUAAUCACCAGGACAAGAAUCCCAUAUUGAUGCCAACCCGAGAAUGACAAUAGUUUUAACAUUUAAAGACACAAACACACAUUCACACACAUAUAUUUGAACUAAUAUUAACAUGAAAAUUGCAUAAAAUUAACCUUAAAGGCCAGUUCAGCCAUUUGAAUGAUGGUUUUUAAGGCGCAUUUCAGCCCUUUUUAAUUGAAAAAACUAACUAGGAAAAUCAAUUUAGCAUGCAUAAUUCAAGAUCAGCAAGCUUAAUGUCUUUAGCUAUAAAAAUGUUUUAAAAUGUUAAAAACAUUAAGUUUGCUGAUCUUGAAUUAUGCUUAAUUGAUUUUCCUAGUUAGUUUUUUCAAUUGAAAGGGCUGAAAUGCGCCUUAAAAACCAUCAUUCAAAAGGCUGAACUGGCCUUUCGUCCUAUUUUUUGUAAAAAAGCUGACGUGGCGAUUAUUCUCUGUAUACUGUACCUCAUGUCAUAUUUACGUGUAGAAAACUAUAUAUAUUAUCUGUUGACGUGACGUCAUAGUUACACGUAGGCCAACAGCCAAUCCAAACGGAGAUUCUAUACACGUAAUACAUAUUUUUCUUCACACUGCAGAUGGUGUCAUCAAGGCUUGGGAUUAUUCCACUGGUGAAGCUGGAAAAUCUGUGCGUUCCGUUCACGAACACGAAGGUUUUGUCACGGCAUUUCUUUUCUGGUAAGGAAGAUUGAAAGAAAAUGGGGGAUUUAAUCAGAUAUAGAGCAUAGCUAAUCAGUUCAAUAAACUCACUGCGAGUAUUAAUCGAUAAAAAACAUAUAAUAAUUAAAAAAAUGCUUCUCAAAAAUAUAAAGAAAGAAAUAAUUCUUCGUGGAUGUAAUCAUGUUCUAUGUCGGAUAGACAAUGAUCACUUGUGCGUGGGAUAUAAACUCCCUUGAACUAUAAUAAUUCGGGAGUCUAUAUCCCAGCGGACACACAUGAUCAUUGCUUCUCCUGUACAUGGAGUGGAAAAUUUUAUUUUUGCGACGAUAUGAUAAACAUCAUUGGAUGAGGUUAUUGUGAUCUUGAUAAUUCCAGAUAUCAGAAAAACCGAAUUUAAUAACUAACUAUUUUGUUAUACAUUGCAUAUUCUUCAAAAACUCAUUAAUAAUUCAUGAGGAAAACACAAAGAAAAAUCCUAAGCGUGUCGUAUCUUUAUAUGUGAUAGAGAUUUCCCUUGAUUUACAUAAACUUUAACAUUUUCUCGACAUACACAACGUAUUUUUUUGAAAAUUAUGUCGCCAAUGAACUUACUAGAUCGAUCGUUUUUGAAGCAAUUUAAAACAUCGCGUGUUUUAUACCAGACCUAAAGAUAUACUCGGCUCCGCCUCGUAUCUUUAUAUCUGAUAAAACACUGCCGCGAUGUUUUAAAUAGUACAUUAAACUCCUUCGACAACGUUUAGUUCUAAAAAAGCAGAUACCAUAAAAAUAUAGCUAAUGAUAUAUAUCGACAUUGACAUACUGUAUCAAUAUAAGAAUACAGAACAUAUUAAAUUUACAGAUAAAAAUUAAAUUGUACUAGUCAUAAUUACUCAAAAUAUGUUACUUCGAAGCAACAAUUGGCUACCAAUGUCCCCACGGAUUUGUCUUGCAUUGCAAUAACACACAUAAUAAUAUACAUAAAAAUAUUACUCGACUGUGAUUGGUUGAUUUCAGUGCAGUUAAUCCCAAACAGUAGUGCAAUUUUCUGUAAUCACAGUGCAAUUUUCUGUAAUCACAGUUCAAAAAUUUGUAACAAACUGAUCUGAUUCACAGAGUAGAUACAUAUACAGAGUUAUAACUAGUGUACCCACUUUUUUGUGCGCGUGCUCGGCAAGUUACUAGAUGCAUGCAUCCCAUUGGAUGGCGGCUCGCUUUAACUGCUCGCGGAACGUGCCGAGCACGCGCAGUUGGUCAUUUUUUGCCCGGUAGCCUGAAAGAAAGUGAGUACAUGAAAACGUAAGUUUCCGCAGUGUUUACGACGGCUAUAGGUACAGCUCUGUAUGUAUCUACUCUGUGUCUGAUUGGUGGAAAAACAACGUGAUGAUAAAAUCAACCAAUCAGUUUAAAGCAAAACAAACAUGGCGCCGCGCUACAUAAAGUGAAAGUUGACUUCGGUUGGAAAAUGUGGCUUUUAUCUUUUUUUUUAAAUGGAAAAGCCUUUACCUUAAACAAGACUAACAAAACUUAAAUAGUUGAGUGGAAUUUUCAAGCUGUUAGCGUUGUAUAUAAUGUCAUAUAAUAAAGCCAGGAAAACUUUGCCAGUGGACGGUUCGCUAUCCUAAACGCAAGUUAAAACUACAAUUGUAUAGAACAUUUUUAUGUAAAUUAUUAAUAAGUAAUAGCAUGCAUGGUUUCUCGUGAAAUUUGGAUAAACUCGUCCGCUGGACUCGUGCUAUUUUGAGGUCUUUGAAAAACUAACUCGUUCCUGUUAUAUCCAAAUUGCACUCGAAACCGUACUAUUACCUACCUCUGAUUACCUACAGUAUGCUGAACAAAUCUUGAUUAUUAAAAGAACGAAAUUAUUGAUCGAUUUGGUUAAGUACUGUUCGAUCUUAUCGUAUGGAUUGUAUUAAUAUGGUUAAUGAUUGACCUUUUCUUGGCAAAUUUGUCUAAUUUUGUUUACAUCGUUGCUACCAUCGUUACUAUGCCUAGUUACUAUUGUUCUAGUUGAUACUUUAGAAGCAUAGAAUAAAACAAAGGUAUAACUAUAAGCAUUAGAAUUGUGCACAAGAGUUAUUCACUCAUGUGGAUAAUUCUAAAGUUACCUUUCUUCUAUUCUAUGCUUGUGUAAACCAUACAGUAGAACAAUAGGGUAUAUAAACAAACGUUAUAGCCAAAUUUGUCUAUAACAUUCACAUUCGAAAACAAAAAUGCGUGUCUUGCACAGCUAGCGCAGUUGUAAGAUCCUGCAUAUUAUGUAUCGGCUGGCACAUUUUCUGCAAUAUUGAUGGAGAUAGCUGCGUUUGGACUUCAGUAAACAUUUUAAGAAGUGUCGAGAAUUAGCCUGAAGAGAAAUAAACGGCCUGUUAUUAAACUAAUAUGAUAACCGUUACCAUUUUAUCGUAUUUGUUUCGAUGAAGUGAAGUUUAAAUUGAAAAUGAUGCAUAUGCUCUUUUAAUUUUGUUUUACGGUCUUCUUUGGGAAUGCGUCUGGCCGGGGAAUCAAAUUCUAAUGUUCCAAGAAAGAAACGUCGCGUGUCUUUUAUAAAUAUGCCUCGUUUAAAGCGCACUAGACGAAUUUGUUCGCGCGAAGCGAAAAACAAAUCGUAGCAAUGUGAUGGUCAGCGAAAAAAUUCGCCAUGAAAAAGUUGGAUCAGUUCUUACAUUUUUACUGUUCGCGCGAACAAAUUGGCCUAGGGGAAAAUGGGCUUAAUGAAGGACCAAAGAGUUUCGAUUUGUUUGAAUAUGCAUUCAAGGGUAAAUAAUGCUCGUGAGGUUAUACCGGCGGCGUUGCAGGCAGGUCUCUGAAAACGAACGUAUACUUUCUGACUAUAGUGUGUCUAAACACAGGUUAUUGCUGUAUUAAUAUUUGAUAGACCAUUUUUGGCUAAUUCUCGACACAAAAUGUUUAUUCAAGUUUAAACGCAACUAUCUCGGUCAAUAUAUAGUGCAUGAAAAUACACAUGGCGUAUAUCAAAAUUUAAGUUAUAGACAUUACUGAAUGCAAUGCAUCUUGUUUAAGUAUAAUAGCUCUUUUAGUUUUUAAGUUAUACUAAAUCAAACAGAUGAACUUUUUUGCAUCACCCGGUAUAUAAUGUCCAAAUUCUUUUAGGUCUGAAGCGAAACUAAUGUUUUCUUGUGGUAAUGAUGGUUCGAUAAUUGCCUGGGGAUCUGGAGGAGCUGUUCAUGACCAAGUGAAUGUAGGUAUCACAUAUAAUUCGUAUGGGCGAGGUCGUAUAUACGCGUAUAUAGUCGUGGAAAUUCAUUGAAUGGUAUAUAAGAUAUUGAAAAUUAUAGCUCCACAAUUAAUUUACUAGAGCUACGCAUGCAUUGAUUCCAGUAGAUGAUUUAGAGUGACGAGAAGAUCCUUUCCCAUACGUACUGGCAAUUUGAAAUCUAAAACGAAAAACAUGAAACUAUAUAGGCAAGGCAUUUAAUACUAACUUUAUUGAUUCAAUGGUAUUACUGCUCUAUGUUAACUGGAGGUUGAAAUGGUGUCCGGUAGUAUAUAUAGUCUUAUAUUAAAAUUAUUCACUCGGGGAAUGUUGGGAGAAAACUCGAGAAGCGUAUAAAAUACUCGGCUACGCCUCGCGUUUACACGCUUCUUUCAUAUCCUCCCAACAUUCCCCUCGUGCAUUAUCACACCAUAAACGCACGCGACUCGUUUUCUAUUUCUGAAUUAUUUGUUUUUAUGAUUUUCUAUAGAUAGGCGUACCAAUUUAUGGAAUGGCAUGGCAUUCACGAAGGAACCAAUUGAUUGCUUGUGCCGGAACAACUGUUCGAGUAUUUUCAAUGAAAGAUCCUGGUAAAUAUUUUCCUAUUUCCCCCCAAUAAACAGUGCUGUAUGUAAUAUCCUCUAAUGUCUAGCUAAAAAAAUAUUUGUUUCUGCAUCAUGUAGCUGAACAAACAAUUAAAAUAGGGCAGAGGCUCGCUUUUUUAAAAUAAUAAAUUAAUUAUAUAAAUAAAAAUUAUUAUAAAAAUUGAUAUUGUUUUGCUUUAUUAUACUUACCAUUAUUAUUUAUAUAUUUUUUAUAUUUAUUUUUUUAUAUAAAUUUGUAAAAUGUGUAAGCGAGUGGAAUGUGUGGGCGAGCUUGAAAAUCUCCGUCCCGCACUUUAAGAAAAUGAGCUUAAAUUGUGCGCAUCUGAAAAUGAGCUUAAAUUGCGCGCAUCCGAAAAAAUGCGACCAGUUGACUUGUCGCAAGUCUACCCGAAGACGAAUACACACGCCCCAAAUUUUCCAGCUGUAGUACGUACUAAGAGCAAGGAUUUAGGAUUUUAUUAGGAUUCGCACAUUUCAGUAUACACAAAUACACAAAAUACAUAAAAUAUAACAGAAAACUAAAUACCAUAGACUACAUUAUAAGCGGUUAUAUGAUUUCCAUGGGAAAAUAUACGUUAACGAUUUUUAAAAAUGUUCUGAAAAAUCGUUCGUUGUCCGUUAGUCGUUUAAACACUUCAGCGUUCCGUUGAAACGAUUUGGGAGAUCGUUCAGAAUUCUUAAUGAACCGUUAAAACGGUUCAAUGUUACUAAACCGUUUGAACGAUUGGCAAAAAAGUAAAAAUAUACGUUCAUGAAGUUGUUUAAAGGCUUACAGAAAAUCUUUACAAUGUUUAAGGCUUUGUAUAGGCGUUUUAUCUUAAAUAUUGUUGCAAUUUUAUUGGAGUAUUUGGACAUUUCAAGUAUACUUCAAGUGCCCUAUACUUCACUAUCGCACUGCUUUUAUUAUUUACUGUAACUUUUUAAUUUCUCAAAUUUCAACAGCCUCAAGAGCCACGUCACAAAAAAACGUCGCAACAAUCGCUUUGCUUAGCUCGAAGUAAUAAAUUUUUAGUGACCUUUUAAAACGUUCGAAGCAUAGAUGCAUGGCUGUGUCACUAUAACUAUAUACCUAUUUUAAUAUAUUAUUAAAUGAACGGAACCAACAGCAUGUUUUUAACAGCACGUUUUAACGUGUCGAUUAAGACUUUUAAUUAUAAUUUAAAAAGAAAACUUAUUAAUGCUUUAAUCUUUAACUAUAGGGAAGGAAUUAGGUCACGUCAUUGAUACCAAAGGUCAGUGCACAAUAGUUUUUCUUCCAUCUUUUUAGCAGUUGGCCAAAUAAUCUUCUUUGUUACCCUAUACAGGGUGUAUAAAAAAAAACUGAACAGAUUUAAAAUUGCUCUCAAUUUCGCAAAACACCUAUUUGUAUCCGGUUUUUUAUAUAUAUGGCCUCUUUGGGUACUUAUAAUGUAGAAUAAUGAGAAAAAUUUCUCGAACUCAAAUUUUGUGAACCAGGGGGGUGUGUCUUUUCCAACAAAUUAAAAAUGGCUCGCGCACAAAAUUUAAAAGCUGCAAUCAUAUUUUGAGUUAACAGAUGGAAAAUUUGUCGGGUUUUUAAUUACUGUACAAAAUUUCAGACAAUUUGGUUUAGUUUAAGCCCCUUAACUAUUCAUGCAAAGUUACAUUUUUCCUAAAAAUCAGCUAUUUGCAUGCUUAAUUAAUGCAUUUGCCUAAUUUGCAUAUGUCAGCAAUAUGCAAAUUAGGUAAAGGCAUUAAUUAAGCAUGCGAAAGGCUGACUUUUUAGAACAAAAUGAAUAGUUAAAGGGCUUAAACUAAACCAAAUUGUCUGAAAUUUUGUACAGUAAUUAAAAACCCGACAAAUUUUCCAUCUAUUAACUCAAAAUAUGAUUACAGCUUUUAAAUUUUGUGCGCGAGCCAUUUUUAGUUUGUUGGAAAAGACACACCCCCCUGGUUCACAAAAUUUGAGUUCGAGAAAUUUUUUUCAUUAUUCUACAUUAUAAGUACCCAAAGAAGCUAUGUAUAUAAAAAACCGGAUACAAAUUGGUGUUUUGCGAAAUUGAGAGCAAUUUCAAAUCUGUUCAGUUUUUUUUUAUACACCCUGUAUAGCUAAAGUGAAUGCCAGAUUGGCUGAUUUGUGGUCACAUGGCUUGAGAUAAAUGCAAUGUAUCCCGUCGGGCAACAAGUGAAGAAAUGUUGCCCGCCCCGACCGGUUAUGUACAUAAAUAAACAAAAUGGCGGUGCAACCCGCAAGUUUAUCAACUAGAUCUUUCUAAGAUAAUUUAAAGAGUAUAUGCAGAAUCUAACUACUAUAUAAACAGUUUUUUUGUGUCUCUUUUACUGAUAAAACUUUACCAUAAGAAUGCGCCUCAUCUUUGAUAUCAGUGGGAGGUCCAGCCAUGAAACAUAGUAACACGCCCGCAAUCACGGAUUGACUUUUCACUCCACUAGUUUUCCUUCACCCUAUAGUUGCUCGGGUAAUUUAAUUAACCGUAAAAGUUUGAUUCGCUGUGGGUGCAUUAUUGUACUCACGUUUCUCGAUCAACUUUUUUUCCAGUGUAUAUAUGUAUUAUACAGUGUGUAUAAAAAAACCUGAACCUUUCAAAUUCAAAUUAGCUAUAACGUAGUGUAGUAAUUUGACAACUCUAAUUGCUUUGAAUUAAUGGUUGGGUAAGAACACAAGGUCUUGUACUCAUGGGACGAAACUCAAAGAAAUAAAAAUUAGAAAAUUUAAAAGUUUUUAAGAGUUUUCUCCCAUGAGUACAAGACCUUGAGUUCUUACCCAACCAUUAAUUCAAAGCAAUUAGAGCUGUCAAAUUACUACAAUACGUUAUAGCUAAUUUGAAUUUGAAAGCGUUCAGUUUUUUUUAUACACCCUGUAUAAUGUAAUUGAAAAAAGAAUUUUCCUUUCUCACGCUCUAUGUACGAUUCCAGAAAGCAUUGGUGUAUGUAAUGUAAACGAACAAUAUGUUCAAAUGUUGUUUACAGCUUAUAUAGGCCGUGAGCAUGUUGACAUAGUGAAGUGUAUAGCAACUCUGGAGACAAGAGUUUACAGCGCCGGGUAAGUUGGCAUGACACUUGAGUAUUCAGGCCUUGCGAGUGGCAUCACAACACCUAAUUUUGGCGUAGUUGAUUUUUUCGUGCGGCAAAUUUCUGAAUCUAAGGCCGAAUCAAUCACAGGGGGUUCAACUAAGAGCUGUGUUAUGAAUAUGAAUAAAACGUCAUAUUAAUUAAACGUAAUAUGAAUAAAACAUCAUAACGUAAUUUAGUAUAAUUACAUAGGUGAUUAUUGAAAAUUCUCCACGCUGAUUGGUUGCCGUUGAGGUGAUUAUUACGCGAUAAUCACCUAAGCGAUUUUCAAAAUGGCGGCCGAAGCCUUUUUGUCAAUUAAAUGACGAAGAAAUGUGCAUUUUCUUAUUUUUUCCAAAUAAUCACCUAUGAAAUUAUACUAAAACAAUUAUUCACCUCAGGCUCGGUGAUUAUCGUGAAUAAAAACCUCGACUUCGUCUCGGUUUUUAUUCACCGAUAAUCACCUCGCCUUCGGCGAAUAAUUGUUAAAUAUUUAAAUUAUUUCACUUACUUGUAUAAAUCAUAAGAGCUUGCAUUUACAGUGAAUAGCUUCAAACAUUGCUUCGAACGAUGAUUCACAACAUAAACAAUCAGUGCCGUAGCCAGCUCGAUAUUUGGGGGGGGGGGGGCAGAUAUUCAUAUAUUCGUGUUCUGCGUUAUUAAUUUCUUUUGAAAUCGAUUGUUUUUAUGGUCUGUGAACACGAAUAUAUGAAUAUCUGUCCCCCCCCCCCAGUUAUCGAGCUGGCUACGGCACUGUAAACAACAUAGUUUGCUAUUGUUCAAAUAUGGCGAAUAAAUUGACAAAACGAAAAUAUUACAUGGCGUUUACAUGGCGUUCCAACGAAAAUAACAGCAAGGAUUGCGGGCGCGCGAGCGGAAAGGCGAGGGGAGAAAUUUAAUAUAAUAGAAGGGAUGAAACAAAUAUCACGUGACUUUUUAAAAUGCUUCUAGACUGCCCGUGUAAUCUUUCUGUGUUUUUUUUAGGGGUCAGUUAUGUUCUCUUACAUGAACAAGCCUAGUCAUUACCAAAAAAGCACUGAUCAAUCUGAUUUAUGUGAUUUAUAACAGCGAACAUUCUUAGCCGUUUUCGCGAGAUGUGUUCCAUAAGUAGCCUGUUCUCGUGACGUAAUGACUAAAUAAUAAUAAAACUAAAUAAUGUAAAAAAAACGUUGGUCGCUACAUUUAAAUAUUUCAUAUUAGCCGGUAGCUAACAUUGUUUAUUUUCAUUAAUUAAGCGCGUAAGCGUUGUUGGAGUUGGCAGGAGACGUUUUGGAAUUUUCCGAGAGAACAGGCUACUUAUGGAAUACAUCAAACGAUCGCAUUACCGGUGUUUCAUCCCUUUUAAUAUUUAUUACCCUCGCCUUUCCGCUCGCGCGCGCGCAAUCGUUGCUGUUAUUUUUGUUGGAACGCCAUGUAAUAUUUUCGUUUUGUCAAUUUAUUCGCCAUAUUUGAACAAUAGCAAACUAUGUUGUUUAUGUUGUGAAUCAUCGUGAUCGUUCGAAGCAAUGUUUGAAGCUAUUUAACUGUAAAUGCAAGCUCUUAUGAAUUAUACAAGUAAGUGCAAUAAUUUAAAUAUAUUACGUUAUGAUGUUUUAUUCAUAUUACGUUUAAUUAAUAUGAUGUUUUAUUCAUAUUCAUAAACAGCUCUUAGUUGGACCCCCUGUGGAUCAAUUCGGACGAAUUCCAUCACAGCUAACCGUACGAAUUCGAAACCAAAUAAAAUUAGGUCUCAGAUGGGCAGCACAACAUUGUUCAAUCCUAUUAAACAGCUGGCUCAUAAAUUUUACGCGUGUUUAGACGGCGCCAUGUGAACAGUGGAACCGGUCUUUUUCAAGAUCAUUUUGCACCGUAGAGGAUUGGGAUUGAGACUGACUGAGACCAUCUGCGCACGAGUACGUAAAUACUUCCGGGUUCUAGAAUUCAUCCUGUUCCGUGUGGAUACUUUUCGUCUCGUAAUUAAUUCGGUUCCGUGUGAACAUGCAGAACCGGACGAAUUUGCAAUUGAGUACAGUUCCGAAUUCAUUCAGUCCCGUGUGAACGUAGACUAAAUAACACUUUCACUGAAUCAAUUAACGGGCAGAACCUUCCAAGUUUACUCCGACAGAGCCCCCAUAUAUAUUAUCGCUUUUUUACUUGCUCCAUACGGAUUCAGAAACUAAGACCAUUUUCUGAUUUCCUCUGCUAUCCAUAGAGGCCUCCAUUAUCUUCGCCUCCUAAAAUCGCGGAUUUUUUAGCGUGACGCAAUAUUCUCGCUUAUCUGCAAGAUCUAAAUAACAUUACCAUUAGUCAGGCAAAUAUAGAGGAACAAAAAUUAUGGAAAACUUACCAUAGCGAGGGGCAAUUCCAUUUUACCUUCAUGUUGAGCCCAGAGCCCUGAAGGCUAGUAAGUACGUUUCUGUACGUCGGCGGCGUUAAAAUUUCUCGUGGGCCCUGCCGACACGUUUUUCUUUGAAUUUUGUAUUAAACUCUAUUACAGUUAAAAAAUGUGAAAUUUCAAAUACAUUUUUAACAACCAACAAAAACUUACAUCAUUUGAAAGCUUGCAAAAAACUACAUGUAAGACAUUUAAACGGUUACCAGGGUUUUCAAGUUCGUCUUGAGUUAUAUGAGCUAUUGAAAGCGUGUUUUCAGACUAGUACCCAGGAUUUUUGCGAGAUUUUGGCUUAUUUUUCACAUUUGGAACAGCAUGCAAUAACUCGAAAACCACUUAAAAAUCCCAGCUAAUCAUUUAAAUGUCUUAUAUGUAGUUUUUUUGUAAGCUUUCUAUUGAUGCACGUCAUUUGUAUUAGAAAUGUAUCUGAAAUUUAACAUUUUUUAACGAUAACAUAGUUUAAUACAAAAUUCGAAGAAAAACAUGUCGGCAAGAGCCUACAAGAUAUUUUAACGGCGCCGACAUACAGAAAAGUACUUACCAGCCUUUAGGACACAAGAUGAAGGAAAAAUAGAAUUGCCCCUCGAUGAUCAUGGUGAUUUUUUUCCCUUCUAUAUCUGCCUGACUACAUUCCUAGCCUGCGUAGCAGACGGUAUUAGCGGGACGCGAAGGCGGGAAGCGAUAUUUAAUUAGCAGUCUAAAAAGCGUAAUGAAAUAUUUAAUAACUUAUUUUGCUGUGGGUUUUUCUCAGUUUUGAUAGAACCCUUAUUGUUUACGAGUCAUUAUCAUAUCCUGGUGCUAGAGGAUUGAAAGUCGCUAUGUGGUGUGUAAAUUUAAUAGCAGUUGCGCAACUUGCGCAGCCUUUAAUCUGCAAUCAGGGCUCGGUUGUUCAAGGGUGGAUUAGCACUAACCCUGCCCUGGGUUUAAAUUUUUAACCUGCUGUUUUUGUUUGUGUAUAUUUCUGCAUAAUAUCUAUAUUUAUUUCAAAACUUUGGAAAAUAAAACUUCUGUUGAUCCAAACAAGAUUAGUCUACAAAAAACAUUUCCAUAUUUACAAACAAACUGUUGGGAAGAUUACUUCGAAGAAUUUGUUAAGCCAGGGUUAAGCUAACCGACUUUUGAACAACUGGCCCUCAUUUGAGUUCAUUCGAAAUGUCUAUAUGACGAAUAUGUCAUUUCGUUUUAUUUUGUUACAGUAUUAAAGAAGCUCAUGAGGCAGGGAUUACGUGCUUGUCAGUUACUCGGGAUUCUGACAAUAAUACCUGGUAAGAUAUUGUGCUGGAUAUACAUCAAUGCAGAAACCCCUCGCCUUGCUGGCAAAACCACUAUAUUUUCCGAACAUAAAGUAUUUGAAGUAGUUGUCAUGGUAACACGAUAAUUUUAUUAAGAAUAUUUUUAAAAUUGAAAACCCCCCUAAAGAUAGCACUUUUACAAAAUUAUCAAUUUUCCAAAAAAUAUAUAUGUUAGGUAUGCUAUUAAAUAUAUACGUAGCUAAUAUAAACUUCUGUUUAAUGUCAAAUUCAUCCACAAACGCUUCGCAAAACGUUUUAAAAAAAGUUUAAAAAAAAACGUUCGAAUAUCGUUGGUUUUCCAUAUGGAGUCAAGUUACUGCUGUUGUGUUCUGAGCAUCCCAGCCGGGAUUCAAACGUAUAUAUUAGCGCUCUAACCACUGACGGCUAGGGGGAUCGCCCGCUUGCGACACUUAGCAUUAUUAUGCAUACAGCCAACGCGGAAUGUCGAAUCCACAAAUACGAUGAGCUUUACAUGCUUGUAGGCUGACCAAACUCGUCGUAUUUGUAGAUUGGAUAUCGCGCGUUGGGUUUAUGCAUCGUCAUUCUGAGUGUCUCAAUCGGGCGAUCACUACAGCUGAGUGGUUAGAGCGAGGGUACGUGUAUAACCAGGGAUCUUUGGGUUCGAUUCUGGGUUGGAGCGCUCGGAAAACAAUGCAUUGAAUGUAUCAGCAGAUGAUUGGACUCCACUUGGAAAACGAAAGUUAUACGUGUAUAUCUUCACUGCUGAGGGUAACAAGCAAUGUUCAGCUGGUUAAUAUUCCUUGCUAAUACCACUAGAAAUACAUGCAUGCAGCUGCAGUAUUGCAAUCAGUAUUUUCCAAACAUUGAUUUAACUUGAAGUAUUAGCCAUUGGCCAUGCAGCAAUGAGCGCAGUAUAUUUUAAAAAUAUUUUUUGUACAAAAACGACAAAAAUAGUACUUAUACCUAUUAUACAACAAUGAAUUUCCGAAAUAUAUACUGUGGGUAUUUCAUUUUGCAUUUUGUGAGCUUUAUUUUAAAGUGAACGCUUCGUAAAAUUUUUGAAAUGUUCAUUUUACCAAACUGCUUUUUCCGAUAAACUGUUUUUACUUAAUAAAACAAGAUAAUAAGUUCUUUGAAUGUUUGCAUGGCGAUAAAAUAUAAUUGUUUUUGUUUGUGGAAACACCACGUAAAUUUACGUGGUGUUUCCACAAACAAAAAAAAUUAAAACAAGAUAAGUUCCAAUUGUUGCGUAUAAUUUCAGUGCGGUCUUCAAAUCCGGUCCUUUACAUUGAAAGUUGUUUUUUAUCUUAAAUUAAACAGCGUCAGGGUAAUUUGCUAAUUUAGGGAACUUAUGGCUUCAUUGAAAGGAAAACAGUGCAUGUUUUAAUUUAGGCAAAAUAUUAGGGCAACAAAAUUCAUAAAUAUUAAACAUUCAGAGCAAAUUUGCCUAUACUUCACGAUUUCCGAUAGUAAACCAAAUCUUCAAACAAAAAUUUCUUCAAAGCUCAUUGUAUGAAACGAGUUCCCAAAUAUAUAUCAUAUUUUUGAAUUUGAAAUCUUGCUUAUCUCACUCCUGGCAAACAGCCGUAUUUUUGAGAUCAGUGUGGAGGUUCACCCGUCGUGUGGUUGUGGUGUUGAACUCAGGUGUUUAAUUUGUUGCCGAUGUUAGUCCGAGUUUGUUCACACCGGGAAAAACUGAAAAAAUCUUUGCCAGCGUUGGGAAUCUAAGUAGUUCAAAACGUUCUGAAACUCAUCAGAAAAAGUGGAGCAAGCUAUAUCUUUUAAGUCACAUUGUCAUUGCAAACGAUGUUUGCUUGAAAAUUGGCAUAUUAUAUUCAAAAAGAUGCCUUAAUCCUUUAUCCGUUUUCAGAUCAGUGAAUAGAAUAGACCGUUUCUGAUAUCAGCUUCCUAAGUAUGUAAAUUGAUUGUCCUCUCAAAAGUUCGAGGGAUUACAUGCAUCCUCCACCAUGCAGUCUUUGCCUUCUUGUAUUUUCCCCUUCAUAUCAAAAUCAGAUAACCCAUGCAUGCAUGUUCGAAAUUGAGCUGGUCAAUUUAGUAACUAUCGACAUGUCAUUAGUGAUUAGUUUCUUCGGUUAAAUCAAAUGUUUAGGUUGUUUACUGGUUCGUUUGACAAAACUGUCAAGAUAUGGACUCCAGAUGGACAAAUUAUGCAUAAAUUUGAUGGAUUUAGGUGAGUUGGAACCAGUGAACUCUAAGGGAACUGGAACGAUAACUUGGCGGCCAUCUUUGAAGCCACUCAUGACGGCCGCCAUGUACGUAUGGAGUGGAAAAUACGACACCGAAAAGAUGUGUGUUUUCGACCACUAAAUAGCUGUAUUUUAACAAGGAAAAAAGCUAAAAACUUUCAACAAUACCUGAAAUUUAAUACAAAACAUGUUUCCAGAACCUACAGCAGUUAUAAAGUUCUUUUUUCAGGAGCCAAAGUGCGAAGUUUUUUUCGGCACGUUCAAACUUGUGUAAUAUUUUGAAUAUCAAGCUGUUACCCAGGACGUUUUUGCUGUUAGUGGAUGUAAAAUACUUAGAACUAUCCAGGAAACUAGGUUUGAAUCUUUUAAGUUGAAGCCUGUUGAUAAAAAAGUGCUUUUUCUUGCUGAUUUUCGCUCAAAAACAAACUUUUGACUGAAUUUCCCCGCUCCUCGAAACUCUCCCCAGUCCUUUCGAAAGUCAAUUUAUUGCUCGCUGAGCUCGCGAGAAGCGCCAUCUUGGCUUCAGGCAAGUAUGGGCAUGUUUAUCUGCAGUUAGCGUUCCAGUGUUAUUACAGUUCACUGGUUGGAACUAACCAUAUGUAUCUGAUGUACGUUUAUAUGGAUUAAUUGUAAAACGUGUGUUUGGGUAUUAGUUAAAUUACGAAGUUAUGAACUUAUUAGAAGUUAGCCAGCGCAAAUUAGCAAUAAAUUUACUUUCUGAUAAAAAAAAACUUUAAAACGUUCUUAAUAUACAGUACUUUACAAUUAUUUGAAGUAUUGAAAUUUUGUUUUCCUUUGAUGUAGUUCAGUAAUAACAGGACUUGUUUAUGUUCGCCCAGCAAAGACAAUAUGGAUAUCCGCAGGCGUGUCUGAAGCACCCAUUUACGAUCCAAAAUCUGGCGAAAACGUACGUAAAACACUUGAUAACUUUGUAUAGAUAUUCAAUCCAUCGCUAUAACCAUGAAUCCAUCAGCACUCAUUUUCUCGACAAAAAAGGAGUAAACGGUUACCUCACUAAACAUUCAGUAAACUAUACACUUCCCAUAUACUUUUUAUUUUAAUUCAACUUUACGAAAAUGAAAACAAAUAUUCAUUUUCACUUAUUGGAAAAGAACUUUUAUAUGGUACUUCAAACACUCAUUAAUAAUUCAUAAGCUUAUUGGCAAAUCAUGUCAACCAUAAUAUGUCACGUGCAGUGGCUUUAAACCUGAUAAAACACUCCUAAUUAGUAUUCUUUAUAUAAAGAAUACUAAUAAGGCAGUAUCUAUUGUUGUUGUGUCCUCAUUAGUAUUUUUUAUAUAAAGAAUACUAAUAAGGCGGUAUAUCUAUUGAAUUUUAGUCGUGUUUGAAGCCGUUUAAUAAACUCGCAGGUCGUGUUUUAUUAGGUCUAAAGCCACUCGCGCUGCGCGCUCGUGUCUUUAAACCUAAUAAAACACUCCUGCUCGUUUAUUAAACAGUACUUCAAACACUCAUUAAUAAUUCAUAAGCUUAUUGGCAAAUCAUGUCAACCAUAAUGUGUCACGUGCAGUGGCUUUAAACCUGAUAAAACACUCCCAAUUAGUAUUCUUUAUAUAAAGAAUACUAAUAAGGCAGUAUCUAUUGUAGCCGUGUCCUCAUUAGUAUUCUUUAUAUAAAGAAUACUAAUAAAGCAGUAUUUCUAUUGAAUUUCUGGUCGUGUUUGAAGCCGUUUAAUAAACUCGCAGGUCGUGUUUUAUUAGGUCUAAAGCCACUCGCGCUGCGUGCUCGUGGCUUUAAUCCUAAUAAAACACUCCUGCUCGUUUAUUAAACAUUACUGCAUGUAUAUAAUUUAUAAAGAUCCUUUACAUCAUUUAGUUUUCGAAAUAAUUUCGACCAAAAAAGCGUGCAGGCAGCCAUCUUGGUUUGUUGUACAACAUGCAUGACGUUCAAUAUACAAAUGGGGUAAUGGGGAAUAUUUUUUCUGUCUACCACAUUCCAUUAUGAGCCUGAAAUUCGAAUUUUUCAGACUUUUUCCAGUUCCAAUUGGCCCAGAACAUAUCAACAAACUUCCUGUCGUUGAAAUGCAGUCAACCCCAUAGUAAUUUUAAUAGGUUACCUCUGUUGUGACGUCACCAAAAUAUGGAAACACGACAGAGGGCUACAUGCUGUUUCUGGUCAAAAUAUCUCUAAGACCAGGCAAAAUUGAUCAUAUAUAUCAUUUUAAAAGUUCUUAUAUACAAAUGAUACGAAGUGAACUUAAUUUUUACUGUCAUUGUAUACCCUUUAAAUUUACAUGAAGUAUAUCCUUUAAAUACGACAAACAUGGCUCUGUGUCUGAACGUGCGUUGCCGUUAAGUUGCAAGGGAAAUUGUCUCGAGCCGUGUAAGAUCAUGGUCUUGAGAAUUUCUUUGUUUUGAAAGCGCAUCGUCGGUUAAAAGAAUACAUCAUUUUAUAACAAAUACAUCACUUUCAAUUGGCGCUAUAUUUUGCUAUAGUCCUGUUUUUCUUUUAUAAUGACAGUCAGUUUCCAUUUCUUUCACAUUGUAUAUAUAUAUAUAUAUAUGAUUUCAUGUUCUCGUAGUAUAUGUCAGUAAAUGAGACAUGCAAUUGAACUAGUUGACUAAGUAAUGCCGUUUUGUUAGGUUUCAGAUUUUAUUGGAACGUUUCACACGCCAAAUGAAAAUAUACCACUGGAAUUGCUGACUUUUAUUCCAGAGCUAGGACAAGUUAUAGGUUUGUACUCGUUGGUAAUUAUCUUAUACGGUCGGACAUGUCAGGAUUGUAUAUCAUAUGUAAGUUUUCAAGUAGUUUAUUUUAAAUUUGUAUAGGUACUAAUAUUCGAAGACAACUCAUACUUUGGAAAUUCAACCCUUCAGGAUGCCUUACUACUUUGAGACACAAUUGUCCGGUAGAAUCGCUUGCAUACAGUAAGUUAAAACGGCGAAAUAUUCGUUGUAGGUUGGUGGUUGGUGACUUAAAUAUAGACAUGCAUGGGAUUUUUUCCAUGGCAGAUCAGAGUGGUGUUAUUACGUUACAAGAUUUGCGUCCAUGCCCUAUACAAGCAUAAUAACUAUAUUGGUAUAAUAACUAUUUUGGUUCCCCCCUUUCCUUUACAAUAAAUUUUAAGGUACCCCCUAUAACUACCGUAUAUAUCAUGCACUUCACAAAAGACAUACAAUUAAUGUACUAUGUUGUGCACAGUGAAUGAGUAACACAUGUACUUCUGCAGCUAUUGCAAUUUAUAUAUGCAUAUAUUUAUAUAUACGGUGCUACAAUGUACAAUUCACACUAUAUUAAAUGCACAUAUUUCCUUUUGUGUGCAACUAUAAACUUUGUACAGCAUGGACAGAGAGCAGAAAAGAAAGCUAGUUAUUAUGUAUUAAUAUUUAAAACACCAAGAGCAAUCUUUUAUCAGAUUUAUAACACGAGGCAAUACCCAAGUGUUUUAAUAGAUCUGAUGAAACAUGUGCUGUGAGUGUUUUGAAUAGCUUCAGAAACGAUCUAUUUGAUCUAGUAAUUUUGAAAAUCAGAAUUGUCUAUAACAGGAGAAAUUCAAAGAUGAAGUUUAUGUAAAUCUGAUUUUCUUUUCGUUUUUUCCCUCAUCAAUUAUUAACGAGUUUUUGACAUUUAUAGAUGCAUCUUUCAAUUUCAGGUCCCCCCAUAAUUUGGUUUACCAGAAUUGCAGUGCCCCUUUUUUCAUCUGGAAAAAUCUCAGAUCCCCCAGUUUCUCACCCAUAUCCCACCCCCUCCAUAAAUAAUGAACGGUCCCUUAGUCUCGGUUCAAUUAUAUUAUCAGUAUUGCAAUCAAUUGAUAUUUCCGGUAUAACGUUUCUGUGUUCUAAAUAACAGUUCGCAACACAGAUCUGAAUACUAGGACUGAAUAGAAUUGGUGAUCAGUGGCUUCUCUUUCGUCGUACAUUUGCCGUUGAAUAACUAGUGAGGUCAUAUACCAUCUGGUGGUCUCAUUCUAGUGUCUAAAGUGUUCAAAAACUCAUUAGAAUUAAGGGGUGUGGGAAACUAUACUUUUCUAGUUGCAAAUGCAAAUGCAGAGACAUUUGCUUGAUACUAAAACUCAUUUAGACGCUUAAUUAAGGUGGCUCUCAACAGUUUUGAUUGUACAGCACCCAAUUGUAUUAAAAAAACCCAUAAUAUUAUCAUCUUACAAAGUGUGAUCACGAAACUCGGCCACAUAACUGCAACAAUAUCGCGAAUUACGAAAAAUAAAAAAUGUCCUUAAAAAUCCCCGUUGCCAUGGUAACAAAGCGAUUUCAAAAACGACCAAUUUGCAGAUUCUUUGAUCAUUUUUUGAAAAUUUCUUCGGGAAAAUUUUUUAAUUUUUUGGACACAGUAAUCUUAUCUAUGAUUCCUUCAAAUGAUAGCUUUUAAAAAAAUCGUACGAGAAUUUUUUUUAAUCCUCAAAAAGGCCUGUUUUUUGAAUAAAAAACAAAUUCGGCUCGUACGAUUUUCUUAAAACUUGCACAUUUUACGCACUUCAAGAUUACAGGAAAGUGUGAAGUUUUAAAAAAUUUUACCGAAGGAAACACGAGAAAAAUACAUUUAUUUUUAUCCAUGUGACGUCACAAAAAUCAGGAUUUCAAUUUCCUCGCGAGACCAGCCGACAAUCUCACGAAGGCCCGCGCGCGUAUAUCGCGACGCAAUUUUAAAAAAACCGCCACGCGUGCAACGUCGACCACGCGUGUUGCGUGUAGCACUAAUAAUCUCGUGCGUGGACAAAAUUUCCACGAUACAGACCUAAAACAGUAGGGAGCCACCUUAAGCUGGCUCGAUAUAGUUAUCACAAAAACCCUGCUCAAGAAUCGCGAACUCAAAACCAGGUGACCAUUUUUGCGCGCAGGUUGCGGAAACUGAUUAAAAAAAUGAAAGAACUUCCAAAAUAACCUGACGUGAGCAGUUUCUCGCGCCAUCUCACGCCAUUGCGCGUGUUCUAGCGUUUUGUGUCAAUUGCUGACGUCAUUAGAAUUUUUUAUUUUAGAAAAACAAUGCGCUAUAUCUCUUUAUUUUGUCUGGUGACCUAUGUUCGAAUUUUGCACGCUGUAUUGCACUGCUAAAGACUUUCAUUCUACAAAAAAUAAAAAAAUUCUGUAAUGCCAAAAAUUUUACCGAGGAAUAUGACAUUUUCCCAUUUUCCAAAAAAUGACAUUGCAGAUUUUUUUUAUUUUCCUAAUUGUUAGCUUUUCGUCCAAGUAAAAUAAUGCACGAACACAAAUUGGGGGUCACCAUGCUUCUUUUCCAACUAUACGAGGGGAUAGGCCAUUCUGGAGUGAAUUUCGUACACGUAUGUCGUCAUAGCAACAAACUAUUUGCUACUAAAACUAAUAUAAUUUGAAAGUAGAGAUAUGAAAAUAUAAAAAAAAACAAUGUCUGCUGAGUAAAUCCUAAAAAUGCGUAGUUUGAAGAUGUCAAAGUGCUGAACACCUGAUUUUUUGAAAAUUGUAUCGAGCCAACUUUUAAAAUAAUCGAUUUGUAAAGACUUUGACAGAUUAAGAAAUCUUCUUUUCAUUAUAUAAAUAAUAAUGCAUUCCGGCUAGCUGAAUACAAAAUAAUGCUCUAUAUCAAGUCCUUGGUUUAGAUCAAUUGUUCGCGUUCAUUGACAGGAAACUAUUACAUUCUGAUACGCAAUAUGUUUAGCUUGUGAAAUUUCUCUUCUUGUCUUUCAGCUCCUAAGGUGCCUUUGCUAAUAUUCAGUGGUGGCAGCGAUGGAAAUGUGACAAAGUGGGAGAGACUUCAAGCCAGUAACUUUAUUUACAGGUAAAGAAGUUCAUAGAGAAAAUAGUGAUAGAUGCAUUUCAUUUUUCGCCCACCCCGGACCUUGAAAAAAUUUGAAAAUUUUUCGCCCUCCCCGGACCUUGAAAAAAUUUUCAUUUUUUCACCCACCCCGGACCUUGAAAAAAUUUUCAUUUUUUCGGCCACCCCGGACCUUGAAAAUUUUUUCAUUUUUUCGCCCAGCCCGGACCUUGAAAAAAUUUGA